UGGCAUACAGAUAGAUGUGCACGUUUUGAUUCUCUCUAUAGUUUCUAUUGUCAAUCUCUCCUUACGCCAACUGAUAUUCUUGCCAUCUUCAUCCUAUUCUCUCUCGCUUUGUCUGCCAAGCAACUCCGAUGGCGGAAUCCAAACCCGGCCCAACGCAAGCUUCACCCGAUAAGGAAGUAAAGGCACCUAAUUUGAUUGAAAGAGCGAAGGAAGAGAUUGGAGCACUAUUGCACACUGAAAAAUCACAUAAUGAUCAUAAGGAAACUCAUGGCAUGCGUACGGAUAUUGAUGAAAAGACCCCACUAGACAAUGUCAAAGCUCCAAAUAUGUUUGAACGAGCAAAGGAGGAGUUUGAGGCUAUAGUUGAAGCAAUCCAUCCCAAGAAAGAGUCUCCCACUCAUGGCAAAAGGGAUGAAAGUCAAAAGGAGUUGAAAAAACAGGAGAAAACCGACUCUCAAUCAGAAAAUAAUGCCAAGACAACUAGUUUUAUUGGGAAAGCGAAGGAAAAGAUUGGAACGAUCAUGCACCAUGAAAAGUCACCAAAGCAUCAUGAUAAGGAAACUCAUGACAAGUCACCAAAGCAUCAUACUAAAGAAACUCAUGGAAUGAGUGAUGACAUAGAUGCGAGUAUCCCAAUCGAUCAUGUUAAGGCUCCGAAUGUUUUUGAAAGAGCAAAGGAGGAAAUCGAGGCUAUUGUCCAAUCGAUUCAUCCCAAGAAGAAUCCAGCUUCACCUAAGAAGGAAGGUGGACUGUGAGUGUCAAUCGGAAAAGGGUUGGAGAAAGUGUGCUUUCCUCGUGGGAACAAAGAUUGGUUGUGAAUUCUGGUCAAAUUGUGAUAUUUCUUCCUCAUUCUUUUCUGCCCGAAUACAACUCGGCUUAUACAUGAGAAAUUAUUAUAUACCCCUUUUUCAUGACUCAGUUUAUAUAUGAAAAUCGUGUGCAUUCAACA